ACGGCCAUCUUCAACUUUCAGAGCCUGCUGCUCGUUAUCCUCCUGAUGAUAUGCACCUCUACUUACAUCCACUUUCACUUCCCCGGCAUCAUGGACCGGAAUAAAGAUCAUAUGAUCACGGGGUUCUUCUGGAAAUGCGCACGAGUGGGGGAGCGGUUAAGCCCAUACGUGGCGCUAUGUUGCUUGUUGAUGGCGGUGAGUCGAUCUGGCGGAGUGGAUGGGUUUCCCGUUCACUAG